UAAAAGAUCAAUGUUAAAGUGCUAAUUACCUGGUCGGGGUAGAUGUGACGACUGCGGACAGCAUUAUUUCGCAUUAGCAAGAAAACGUCAGUUAGACUUCGAGACGCCAUGGGUGCGUUUUCAAAAACCGAAUUAGAACAGAAACAUUUUGAUAAUUUUUAUCACCACCUGUCAAAUGACAUCUGUUAUCGUUUGUGAGGUUAUGUUUACACUGUUUUUAACAAUGAAUAAAUAAAUACAUUGAGAGGGAGUUUCAAAGAAGUGUUUUUAAACAACUCAGUUAAUGUUUUAUAGUGUUUGGUUGUGUAAUAAGAAGUAGGUAAUUAAAUAAAUUUAUUCGUGAUUGUGUACUGGCGUUAGAAAAAUUACGUCAAGGGCUAAAUUCCCUAUGACUAGAAAAGGAAUUUUUGACGUUUGGUUUUCAAUUUUUUCACAUGUUAUUUAAGAGAUGAGGGGUUAAAGGACAAAGAAGUGAUGAUUCAUCUGUUUGGGACAAACAAUGGAUUAUAAAGUUUGGCUAAUUGCUUUCCAGUGAACAAGGAGCUCAACCACCAGUGUGAUGUUCAUUGUCUCGAAGAAGAGUUAUUCAACCGUGAAUAAUGACAAUCAUUUAUCAAUCGAAAAUGUACGCCCCAACGACCGAUGUAGUGGACCAGCUGCCCUCAGUGGAUCGGGUGACCAACUGGGACAUUGCUGGUUUUGUCAUAUCUAUAAUAAGCCACAUACUGGAUGUGAUUUUUGACUGCAACAUUGCGUAUCGAUAUUACGUCCAUCAACAAUUUGCCUAUUUUUUUACCACUCUGGGAUUUAUACUCGUCCCAGCUUUUGUAAAUACUGUCUUCAGUAUAAGAAUGUACAUGCUAGAUAAAGAUUGUGAUAGGAGCGCGACUCUGACUGAUAAAUUUACCAAAAGGAGAUUAUGCUGUUUUGCUGUAUUGAUAUUUCAAUUAGCGCCAGUCUUGAGGUAUUUUGAUGCCUUGCAAUACGCCAUCAAGUCUAAGAAAGCUGAAAAGAACAAGGACCAGGAGAAUCAGCGCAAGUACUACGAACUUAUGGUCAAGGAAGACUCGGACGUCGCCCUGUUGCGGGUCCUUGAAUGCUUCCUCGAAGCAGCCCCCCAACAAAUCUUACAACUCGCAAUUAUUUUCAAUACAAACAGUAACGAUAAGGACAGCUUAGACAACAGUGACACGUUUACCUUGGUCCACCAAUUGUUAUCAAUCGGUAGUUCAUUUGUUAGUAUGGCGUGGUCAAUGGCCGCUUAUCAGAGACUACUACGUGUGUCUCUCAAAAACAAAAACAACAUCUCAUGGCCAGGGACACUAGUUCAAUUCAUGUGGCACUUCCUAGUCACUGUCUCACGGAUCUUGUGCAUCAGUGUGAUAGCAUCUAAAUACUUGGUGCCCACAAUUCUGGUGACUGUACUCCAUUGGUUCGUGAUGACUUUUUGGCUUUCUUGUACGAACCAAAAAAACAAUUUUUGUAAGCACAACAAAGUCUAUGACAUGUUUUUUUACUCAAUUUUUGGUACUGUGUAUAUUUUUACACCAGUUACGUUGGUUGAAGGGCCGACUUUUUUGAAAUAUGUUUUCUUUUACGUCGUGCUGUUUGUAGAAAAUACGAUAGCUAAUGUUGUGUGGUACUGCAAUGCUGAUACUACCCUCCAGAAACAGAUUUAUUACACACCUAUUGUGUAUUUGAAUGUUAUCCCGUUUUUUGCCGGGCUGAUAUUCAUGUUGCUGUAUUAUAAAGUCUUCCAUCCUAGCACAGGGUAUCACAGGACGCAAGCAGUCCUUCCUAGUUAAUCGUCAAAGAUCAAAGAGGGAGUAGGCGAAUUAUUUCUGCAGUGACUUGAUCUCUAAUGUACGUACUCAAUGAAUCCUCUUUGAUUUUUAGUUACAAUUUUAUUAACAAUGUGAUGUUUAAUUUAUUGUAUUAGUAGAAAUGUGUGUCUUAGUAGGUAGGUCAACUAGUUCUAUUAUCACAUUUUCUCCUACCGAUUGAUUGUUGGUGCAAUAUUUGGUCCAGAUUUUGAGAUUAAUAUAGUUUUAUGCACAAUUGUGGCGAGUGGAACUGAGCUCCAUGACUUUAACAAGUUGUAACCUUACAUAAAACCAGUGCCUUAAUUUAUACUUAACUUAUUUGAAAAUAAAAACUUUUAAUUUACUA